GAGAGAGAUAAUGUGUGUGUGUGUGUGUGUGUGUGUAGGGCUCUAGGAGUGACGUAAGGGUGGUGAGUGACGACUGACGAGGAGCAGUAGGUGUUGUGAAUGCUACACCACUGCAUCUUCUUAACAAGGAAAUUGAUGAGUGCAUUAGAAAACUUCAUGAGCGAAAAGAAAAGGAAUUAUUGAAGUCUUUAAAUGAAGAAAAGCAGUGAAAAUUACAUGUAUAUAGAAAAAGAAACUUUUUGAAAUAACAAGGAAAACUUAUAAAAUUCAGCACAAUUCUGAAUACUUCAUUGUAGUAGUGAACUUGUAAAUACACAGAAAAUCUAUGUAAAUUUUGUUUUGUACAUACAUGUAAUAUAAAAAUGGUGUUUAUCUUUUGAACAAAGUAAGUAAGAAAAGCUAUUUAUCGUUAAUUUACUUCAUGAGUGGUGUAAGUACAUAAACAUGGAUAUAUGAAGUUCCUAGAUUCAGAAUGAUAUAAGUGGCGUGAACCAGAAACAAGAAAUGUGAUCUAAGUUUUGCACCAUUCAGAAUGAAUUUCCUCAGUGCAUUGAAAUGGGAAGUUGUGUUUGAUGUCAGAAUGUUCAUUGAUGCAUCUGCUCUACAACCAACUCAAGCAUUGUAUAAGACAAAUGGAUGGCAAUGAGUUUUCUUCCUUAAUUUUGAUAAAACUAUCAGACUAUAUAGAAGCAGAGCACCAUGCAGGGUUAUGGUGUCAUUGUUAAGCUGGUGACUGGAACAAAUGAGGAAAUUAGCUGCUCUGGGAUGUAUCUUGGCCAUGGUAUAAUCUUCACUCAUGGCACACUGCUUGUUGAUCUCUUCAAGGACAAAAAGGCUGAGCCACUCAUUGAACACCUGUCAACAAAAGGUUACUGUGCAAGGAUGACACAAGAACCCAAUCUACUGGAUUCCAUGUUUAAGAAUGUUCAGUCAAAAAUUGAAGUUAUUUUACCAUCCAAAGAGUAUGUAAGAGAGGUGGCUGGUAGUGAUUGUGAUACCUGUACAUCCUCUGGGACAAAGAAUGACCAACUAUGUCAGAUUAGCAAACAUAGUAAAGCUUUUGUACCACACAAUGACUCAAGUGGUUUCCUAUCUGCUGCAGCUCACAUUGACAGAAUUAUUGUCCAGUCUGGUGUAUAUGAAUGUCUGGAGAGUCUCAUGCCAGCCUCACAGGGUUGGAAGUUACUGGAAGAAUACCAAAAUGACAUAACUCCUGACCUGGAAAAACUGAUCAUGUCUUCAUUUGUCGUGUUAACUCUGUCUGGAAAAGAUUGGUCAAAUGAAGAAUCAGACAGCAUUGUGAUCAAAGCAGCCAAAGAUAUAAUGUCAUCAUUCAUCCCUGUUCAAAAGGGUAACUUUGUUUAUGUUGAAAGUUCCCCUUUUGGCUCUGCUUCCCCAAGCAUGUUUCUAAAUUCUCUAAGUCAUGGCAUCAUUUGCAACACAGGACCUAAAGGUCAGGAGGUUUUGCUUACUGAUGCCAGAUGCAUCACAGGCUGUGAAGGUGCUCCAGUAUUUGUGGUAGUAGAUAGGCAGAAAUGGCCUUGUGCUUUAGUUAUAAGCCCAUUUUGCUGGCAAAAAGGUGAAUGGCUGGGCUUAACCCUCCUGGCAUCUCUUGGUCCUGUGCUGCAGACACUACUCCAGUCCUAUACUUCAUCAGCACUGUUGCUGCCCAGGAACCUUUCCACACAAAAGAAAAGUGAUCACCCCACUAAUGUUACAACAGCAGCAGUUGAGCCCCAGUCAAGGAAUGGAUUCAUUGACAAAAAUUUCAUGGAAGGACCACUGAAGGACAUGAGCAAGAGUGUUGUUUGUAUUAAGUGUGGGAAAGGCUGGGGCAGUGGAGUGGUGAUAUCUGCUUCACCAGGCAUUAUCCUGACCUGUGCUCAUGUUACCUACAAGGCCAUCAGUAAAAAAGUUGCAGUGGUGAUGUCAGAUGGUAGAAGAAUACAGGGCACUGUGAUCCAUCAGACACAACCUCUCAUCACACUUCAAGGAGAUCCAAGAUUCCCACCAGCAAGAUACAGCAUGUGGGACUUGGCUGUGGUAGUCACUCACUCUCCCCUCUGGUCUGCACAACCACUGCCACUUGCUACAAGUCUUCCACCUCAAGGCAUUGGUGUAGUGAUGGCAGGAUAUGGGAUGUUCCCUUCUCGGAUUCUCUCCACUCCAACCUUCUCAAGAGGGGUGAUCUCAAAAGUGGUCACUCUCCCCUCCUCACUACUUCAUUUACCAUCAAGCGAAGCCAGUGGUGGUGGAUCCAGUGAAGGACACACUCUUGGUGGAAGUGACAGUGAUAACAAUUUUAUUACCAGUGACACUUCAAAAAUAAAUACAACCUCUAUUAUCAAGAGAGAUCCUAAUAGUAGUGAUAAUUUGUCACAUUACCUGAUGAAGCUGGGUAAACAUCCAUCUGGUACUUUGAACAACAGUGUUCCAGUACCUGUGGUCAUGCAAACAACAUGUUCUGUAUAUGCAGGAGCCAGUGGAGGCCCAGUUGUUAGUCUCCAUCCUUCAUAUGGACUGCAAGUGGUGGGUCUUGUGGUGUGCAACAUGCAAGACUCCAACAGAGUCACUUUUCCUCAUGUCAACUUGGCCAUCCCCAUCCCUUCCAUUGCCACCAUUCUCAACACAUUCUUGAAGACAAAGGAUAAGACAAUGCUACAGUAUCUUGACAUUGAGUGUGCAGAAGCAUCACACGUGUGGGGACUGACUGACACCUCACGCUCCCGCUUGUAGUAAACAUCUUACCUGGACCAGAUCACAAAGUUUUUUGCUAACUGUACUGACUGAAUCCAAGAGCUCAUUGAGACUCUAGUGAGGAAAGUGAAUGAAAAGACAGUUAUGUAGUGAAUAUUAGAUAUUUAAACAAAAUGAAUUAACUUGAAGUUGUGGCAAAUUAUUAUAGAAAUGAAAGAAGAGAAUGAGCACAAGUGAUAACAUAGGGAAUGUUUUCAGUAAUAUUCCUAAUAACAUUUCUUCAUUUGUUGGGAAGAAAGGAAUGAAAGUAGAGAUAAAACUCAGGGAAUCAUUAUAAGGGACAUUGCAGAGUAAGAGGGAAGAGAAAGGUGGUUGUGAUGGUAGUAAUGUUGACAGAGGAAGAAUGAAUAACCUUCUGUUCCAUAUUGAAUAUUAUCCUUUGUGUUGCACUAGUUAUAUUAUUUUUCCUACACUAUAUACUAUAUAUUGAUACAUAAUGCUGUAUGUGAUUCUAUCUUAUUGAAAUCUAUUGUAAUAACAUAAGUAAUGAGUGGAAUCAGAGCCAAAAUAAAUCAAUCCAAAUUU